CCCGCUGCCCGCACGCAGUGGCGCGCCUCCUCCCUCCCCGCCGCCGUCGGCACCAUCUACCCGUCGCCGCCGCUGCCGCGCCCCCAACCCUCGGUCGAUCCCGCCGCCGCGCCCCUAACCCCACCUCCCCAGCCGCCGCCGCCGCCGCGCCCCCCCUGGCUACCCAUACCUAAGCCCUGUGAGUCACCCACCAAAACCACCCCUCCGCCGCCCACUCUCUCCCCUGUCAGCGGCCGCCGGCACCCCCCUCCUCCCCCGGCUCUCUUCUCUGCCCUCUCGCCCCAACUUCUGUGCACCAUCCCGGCCGAUCCGGUGCGUCGUUGGGCUCGAUGAGGAACCGGUCCUCUGCGGGCCAGGGUGGGGUCGAAGGGGAGGAUGGAGCCGGCCGGCAGUUGGCCGCGUUGCUCGCCUUCCUUCAGCAGCGUCGUUGCUGCUCGCACAGCAGACCCUCGAGCGUCCUUCACCACUCACGCACCUCCUCAUCUGCUUCUCCGACUUCGGCCUUUAUUCUCGGUUGUUGGAUUUGAAUUGUGUUCAGUGAUUCAUGUAAAUUCUAGUCGGAGUUACUUUAUGAUUAUGAUGGGUGUAUUUUCAGUGUAUGACAGUACAUUUUUUAUUUAAUUAGAUGUCGUUUUCAUGUUAAGAGUUACAUUGUUGAUCUUUUAGGUGUAACUUUCAUGUUAAGAUUUACUUUGUGGAUCUUUUAGAUGUAGCUUUCGUGUUAAGAGUUACUUUCUUGAUCUUUUAGAUGUAUUUUCAUGUUAAGAGUUACUUUCUUGAUCUUUUGGAUGUAGUUUUAGUGUUAUGAGUUACUUUUAUUUACUUUUUAGAUGUAGUUGUGAUGUUCAAACUUACAUCUAUUUGUGAGCUUGGAGAAAAUAAGUUUUGCUGGCUGUGUGAAAUCUCGCAGUAGAGGAGAGGGGUCUCAUAGAUUAGAUGCAACAUCUUUCUUGUGUUUACAAGGGUUACUUUUGCUUUAGUAGAUAAGAGACUUUUGUUAAAAAAAAUGUUCGUUUUGUGUGUAUAUAACGAUAAAUUUUCUUGGGAUCUAGAGCAUUGGUAAUUUGUGUUUUUUUUCUCGAGAUGUGUUUCAUGGUGGGAGCAGAAAGAAAAAAGUGAUGGUCUAGUUGUAGCGAAAAGAAAAGGUUUUCUCUUGUACUGUCACGUGCGGGGCCGGGCCCAGCAGCACAGCAGGAGGAGGGGAAAGCAUAAAACAGAAACAGAGGAGAAAGACGCGUCGCUACCUUGGUGUCCACGCUAAACCACAAUAGCUGUCGUUUUCUGAGUGUGAACGCAAUGCGGGACCACAGUAGUUGUCGGAACGCACUUCUUAAGCUAUAUAGUGCGCGCGCACUAUGUAGACGGACCCUAAAUACUAGUUCAAUCCCACCCUGCAAGUGAGUCAUUCUAUCUGAUGAUUGUUUUAAGAGUUGGACUUAACCGAAGAAAUAGCUACAGAAAUAGGGUUUACCAGUUUAAAUAUUCUCUUUUCUUAAUUCUUAUUACCACCGUACAUGCCGCCUAUUUUCCAUGAGAAUAUUUUAUUUUCCAACAGAAAAAGGCCCUGCGUUUCUUAAUUCAUAUGUGUUGAACUGUUGAUGUAUUGAUGGUGUGAUUGCAACUAGCCCUCCUUCAAAGGUCCACCAAGGGAGGUGGAAUUCUCAGUUUUUUUCCACAUGGAACCCUCCAGUGUGCUUCCUUAACAAAAACGUGUGGACUAUUGAGUUAUCAACGGCCCCUUAUUAACAAUCUUGCAUAUAUACACGGUCAGUUCAUCUGCUUUCUUUAGAGUCCAUCCUCGUCCCCCAAGCAGCUCUGCACUCUGCAUAUUUUCUGUAGAAUCUGGUUUUGUUUUGCUUGGUUCUGUGCAACCUCUUCUUUGAUUAUUGACACAAAAUAAUUGGCCAUGCAGACAGUACAAUUGCUUCGUGUGUUUAUUAUCAUCACCCUCUCGUUCAUGUUUUUUUACUGCUUCCAUCAACAACUUCCUUGUGCCCAUGCUAUAUCUUUACCUAGCUCGACAGCGAAGAACACCAGUUUUUUGGACUACUCAACCAUCAGUUUGGGUGGAAACUCUAGCGCUCGUUUAUUUCUUCAGAGCAGAAGCAGCUCCAACACCCUGGCUAGUUUUGGUUUGUACAGCACAGAUAAUUCUUCAUUUGUCCUUUGCGUCAUGAUGACCUACUACUCCAGUGGCUAUGCAGAUCUUGUUAUCGGCCAGCCACAGGUUAUCUGGUCUGCGAACCGCAACUUCCCCGUAGGCUGGAAUGCCAUCCUUUCUUUCACUGGGGAUGGUAACUUACUUCUUCACAACAGUGAUGGUACCUUGGUAUGGUCCCCAGAGACAGCGGGCACCUCUAUUGUUGGCGGGUCUCUUGCUGUUGGUAUGCGCCUCUAUGGUUCAGGAAACCUUGUGCUCUUUGAUCGGAACCAUUCCUCUGUAUGGCAGUCCUUUGACUACCCAACAGACACAUUGGUCAUUGGGCAGUCACUCUGUGUGGGGGUUAAUCUCAUCUCCAAUGCUUCAGUCACCAGUUGGACAUCGGGUCAGGUUAAUCUUCAUACCCGGCUGAAUGGAUUACAUUUUUACUUCGGCUCUGCUUCUUAUUACAAGCAAGUAUUCCAACCAACUUCUCUAGGCAAUAGUACAUCACAAUAUUGUUAUGCAUUUGCCAAUGGAAGCCUUGGAUCUCCCAACCUGCAAAUCUUCUCGUUGCCACUCGCAAGGUCAUUUCAGUUCAUGCGGUUAGAGCUUGAUGGGCACCUACGUCUUUAUGAAAUGGAGGAGGCCACUGUCCGGGUGGUGUUUGAUGUGCUAAGCAAUGAUGUCAAGUUUUGUGAUUACCCUAUGGCUUGCGGUGAAUAUGGUGUUUGCAUUAAUGGCCAGUGUUGUUGUCCCAGCUCAAGCUAUUUUAGACUACAAGACGAAUGGCAUCCAGAUGUUGGGUGCAUGCCUCUCACCAGUCUGUCCUGCAAUCAUAUGGGCUAUCAUCAACUUGUACCUAUUGGCAACAUUUCCUACUUCAGUGAUGAUAGCUUCCAGUCAUUGGCUGCUUCGUUCUCGCAAAAGAAAAAAUCAUUGGCUACUUCUGCUACAGAUGUGUACUGCAAGCAAUCUUGCUUGGAAGAGUGUUCUUGCAAAGUUGCGUUGUUUCACUAUGACAGCCAUGAUGGCAAUACCGGCUCUUGUUUGCUUUUAUCACAGGCAUUGCUACUCUCUCAAACUAAGAGUUCUGCUAAUCAUACUUUGGCGUUUUUCAAAAUACAGGGCAGCUUACCACCGAAAAGAAGGACCAGCAUUGCAGUUGGUUCGGCAGUCGGGAGUCUUGUUUUAUUUUCAAUUGCCAUCUCAAUUUUCAUUUGGAGAAAAUGUAAGAAAAGGGAAGAAGAAGAAGUGUACUUUGGAGGAAUACCUGGAGCACCAACGAGGUUUUCCUAUAAUGAGUUGAAGAUAGCUACAAGGAACUUUUCGAUGAAGCUCGGAGUUGGAGGGUUUGGAACUGUUUUCAAAGGUAAAAUAGGCAAGGAAACAAUUGCUGUCAAACGCUUAGAAGGUGUUGACCAAGGAAAGGAUGAGUUCUUAGCAGAGGUUGAGACCAUAGGAGGAAUUCAUCACAUUAAUCUUGUCAGGUUAGUUGGAUUUUGUGCCGAAAAAUCCCACAGGCUUCUUGUGUACGAGUACAUGAGCAAUAGUUCAUUGGACAAAUGGAUAUUCCAUGCACAUCCAGCGUUUACCCUUUCUUGGAAGACAAGGCGUAACAUUAUCAUGGGUAUUGCCAAGGGCCUGUCUUAUCUCCAUGAAGAAUGUGAGCAAAGGAUUGCUCACCUCGACAUCAAGCCCCAUAACAUUCUCCUGGAUGAUAAGUUUCAAGCAAAGGUCUCCGAUUUUGGAUUAUCAAAACUAAUCAGUAGGGACGAAAGCAAAGUCAUGACUCGAAUGCGAGGUACGCGUGGAUAUCUUGCACCUGAGUGGCUAGGUUCAAAGAUCACCGAGAAGGUAGACAUAUACAGCUUUGGGAUCGUGAUAGUCGAAAUCAUAUGCGGGCGGGAGAACCUGGAUGAGUCACAGCCAGAAGAGCGAAUUCACCUGAUAAGCCUUCUUCAAGAAAAGGCUAGGUCCGGACAGUUGCUUGAUCUCGUGGACAGCAGCAGCAACGACAUGCAGUUUCACCUGGAGGAGGUCAGGGAAAUGAUGGAGCUUGCAAUGUGGUGCUUACAGGUUGAUAGCAGCAAAAGGCCUCUGAUGUCAACUGUUGCCAAGGUGCUGGAAGGUGCCAUGGCUUUAGAGGCCACACCUAACUAUGAUCUUGUUGCUAAUUAUGAACCAAACCAUGCAAAUGUUUCGGGGCAAAUUUGUUCAUACCUGCCUUCGGCAACACAUCUGUCUGGACCUAGGUGAUAUAUAAUUAGCUCCCUUUCCAAAUACACCAAUGGCGUGUCCUAUCUCUAUUUUUACAUUCUCAUGUGUUCUCUAGCUAUGAGCUUGCAGGCCCCGGUUUCUAAAAUCAUUCUGUUGAAUAUGAAGUUCACCAUUUUGUUAAA